AACUCAGCAGAUUCGACGAUUGCAAUAUAAUGUAAAGAAAAGAAUUACUGAUGAGGGUUAUGUCACAAACACACACACACAAAAAUAUGACUGUGCAAAAAUUUAAAGGCGAUUUGAGUUGAAGUUUCUUUUUGAAAAACCUGAAACUUAAGGUUGAUGUUUUCAAAAAAAUUAGGGUCUUUAUUCCAUAGGCGAAAUGUUUCUGUAUUCGCAACUAAGAACAAGCAUUCGCUUUUUUUUUAACAGUGACUUUUAAUUAAAGAAAGCAAAAGAGGAUUGAAAACUCUUAUGCAACAAUCCUGUAUCUAGAACUUUAUUUGCAGUUCAAGGGUAUGUGAAAGGAUAAAUGUACUUAUCCAAGGUUGAAAACAUCUCUAACAGAAUCAUUACUCAAUUGGUAACCAGAGAGCUGCAGCUACAAUUUGAUUUGGUAACUUGUUUGCCAUGUCUGUGCCAAACAUGAUUGAAAUGGCUAGUCUACUAAAAAUCUAUGUAGAUUACCGCUUAAAGGAGCAUUCUCCUUUAAAAUUGGUUCUGAUAUCUGCUGGUGUGGCGUAUUCUGCUGCAUGCUUGCAGAAUUUCCUAAGAGAUCCAGAAUUGUCUGUGGUUGAACGGGCCAAGAGGUACAUCUUCUCAUGGAUUCGAAUUAUACCUCUUGUGAAGAAGAAAGUGGAAGAAGAAAGACUCAAAGCAAAAACACUUAUGGAAGAGGACAUGAAUAAAUGCACUAAAUCACUUGGUGUCUAUUAUCAAUUGCCUAAGAAAGGUCGAUCAGUUGAUGAAGUAGCCAAAGAAGCAAGUGAAUAUCUAGAGCUAGGGGACUGUGACUGGAAAGCUGGGGGUUUAUCCGGUUGCGUUUACAAUGUCGAUCCAGAAGUCACUACUCUUGUUACACAGGUUUACGGAAUGUCCGCCUGGACCAAUCCACUUCAUCCUGAUGUAUUCCCUGGCAUUCGUAAAAUGGAAGCUGAAAUUGUUCAAAUGGCGAUCGACAUGUUUCAUGGAGGAAGUGAUGCUUGCGGAACAAUGACUUCUGGUGGCUCCGAGUCGCUUUUAUUGGCCGUUAAGGCCUAUCGAGAUUAUGCCCGAAAUGUCAAAGGAAUCAGAAACCCUGAAAUUCUAAUGCCUGCUUCCGGCCAUGCUGCAUUUGAUAAAGCUUCCCAACUUUACAGGUUUUUUAGACUUUUGAGUACUUUAAAUAGCAAAAACAUCCAAUUUGGUCAUUUUUUCAGGAUGCGUCUUGUUCGAAUACCUGUUGACCCGAAAACCCAUAAGGCCGACGUUAAAGCGAUGGAAAAAGCAAUCAAUAAGAACACCUGCAUGCUCUUGGCAUCGGCUCCUGGUUUUCCUCAUGGCGUGAUUGACCCUGUAGGAGAGAUAGCUGCUUUGGGUCGUAAAUACGACAUUCCUGUCCAUGUAGAUGCCUGUUUGGGAGGAUUUGUGAUUGCAUUUAUGGAAGAGGCUGGCUACCCGUUGCCACUGUUUGAUUUUAGAGUUGAUGGAGUCACCAGUAUUUCAGCCGAUACGCAUAAGUAUGGCUAUGCACCCAAGGGAAGUUCUAUUAUUUUGUAUUCUCACCCAAAAUACCGCCAGCAGCAAUUCUUUGUUGCAACCGAAUGGCCAGGUGGUAUUUACGCAUCACCUACUCUGGCUGGAUCGCGACCUGGCGGAUUGAUUGCCGCCUGUUGGGCCUCGAUGAUGUACUACGGUCGGAAUGGCUACGUCGAAGCGACAAAGAAAAUUACCGAAACUCAUCGUUUCAUUGAAAGAGGAUUACGCCAAAUUAAUGGCCUUCGAGUCAUGGGGCAUCCCGAAGCUUGUUGCGUUGCUGUAGAUUCCGUAGAUUUCAACAUUUACCGUGUUUCAGACGCUAUGGCGAAAAAAGGCUGGAGUCUUUCACCACUCCAGUUUCCUGCAAGCAUUCAUCUGACUGUGACGUACUUGCACACGCGUGAGGGAGUCGCCGAGAGAUUCAUCUACGAUAUGCGAGACACUGUGGCAGAGAUAAUGAAAAGUCCGAAAGCUGAAGCUGAGGGAGCUGCUGUGAUCUACGGUAUGGCUCAAAGUAUUCCUGACCGUUCGAUGGUGUCAGACAUUGCGAGCGUUUUCUUGGAAUCUAUCUACAACUUGAAGACAGACAUCGUGAGCAAUGGCUACCCCAAGUGAGUAUAAACUUGGCUUCUAUUUGCAAUCCUUUCAUCGAAAAUCCAUACAAUCUAAUUUCGACGGGCCUACUUGCAAUAGACAAAAUACUUGCAAUAACAACCUUUUAAGAGGAAAUUCUUUGAUAAGUUCAAGCACACAGUUAUAGUCACUUUCCAAUUGCUAUUCAUAAUAAUGUUGUUAAACAUCAAGUCAUUUUAAACGUGUUACUUUAAGGGGUAUUACGAAAAGAAUGCUCUUGUAUCAUGCACAAACUUUAGACAGUGUAUUCAAAAUAUGCCUUAGUUUUCAAAACAUAUUGUUAAUUGUAACAAUAA